UUGUAACGAGCGAAAUAUGCACGUAAAGAUGUAGAUUAAAACACUCUUUAUCUCUGACAUAAACAGUUAUGUGGUACGAACAGUUGGCUGUACUUUCCAGAUGUAUAUUGUAUUACAAUGUCUUUGAAGACCUGUUGAAAACGCGGCAUGGCUGUCAAACACCUGGCCUGAAUAAUUGGCGUCUCGCUCCCAGCGUUUUGCAAAGUGGCACAGCCUCUUUUGUUGUCUGAGGGGUAGAUUUUUCAGGGUAGAUAAGACGGUAUUGCCACAAUACCAUACAGUGUUUGUUCCUUGUUUUAAAGAUAUACGUACGGAGAACAGAAUUCAAGUAACUGCUAACGUUUCAAGGACGUGUCAAAUCUAGGCUCAACAUUAUACCUGUCUAGUUGUCAACUCUAUAUCUUCAUCCUUCUACAUAUUCUUGUUGAUGUGUAAUGCAUAUAAAAACUGACCUUUUUAAAAGCAGAUUGAUGUAGGUCACCAAAAUGGCCGUUAAAUAACGAUUUAUUCCAGGCGACUGGGCGUGACGCGGCACCACAAUGGCACUAUUGUAUUGCAAAACGCAGCGUAACAGAAAAGCCGAAGGCCAACAACUGUUUCAGUAGUUUCUCCAUAAGUCAUCACGUAGCACACUGUUAGGCGCUGCUUUAGGUUUUUGGAAUACUUAUUUUUGAGCAGAGGAAGACGAAAAUGAAGAGGAAGACGAAAAUGACUACAGUCGGACUGUUUCAACAUUUCUUUAAAGCAUUGUUGGCGUUCAUCUCCGUGCUAAUUAUUAUCUACAUUUAUCUUUAUCAUGAGCAUGGAACAUUGAAAGCUUCUUUUCAAGCGGAAGUUAAAAAUGAAGAAGAUUAUGAUGAAGAGGACGUGGACAGAUUGGUGGAAGCGGAACAGCAAAGAAGGAAGUCCUUACUUGCCAAAUACUGUCAGAGUAAUUUUUCGUCAAGUGCGAAAUCCCUGAAUACAUUUUACUUCGUCGUGAGUGAAAAUAGAAAAAUCAUAUAUUGUCGGACUGGAAAAACAGGAAGCACUACAACAUCGGCUUUGUUAUAUAAUCUGGAACAUGGUUAUAAUAUGACAGCGAAGGAAUUGAAGAUAAACAAGGGCUCUAUCACUUCAAGACUAUUAAGCACGUACAAUAAGGAAGAGAUAGACCAUCGUGUAUCGUCCUAUUACAGCAUUGUCGUUACGAGGAACCCAAUAGAAAGGCUUGCAUCGGCGUGGAUAAGCAGAUUUCUGUAUAAUCACCACCUUCGAUACAACGAUCGAUACGGAAGCAUGCUUCAAACUGUCUCUAACACUUCCAACACAGAGAUUCACUAUGACUACAUAGCACACACAGAGACGCUAGCUGAUGACCUGCGUCUCUUUCUCCGGAAAGUGGGAGUCACAAAUCGGGAUGACAUACUGCCACAGACAAAAAAAAGAGGAGCAGAGAAAAAACUUUCGGAACCUCUUCGCAUUAAUUCCAUUAGAAGAUUUGAGAAGAGUUGCAAGAAAGUUUAAAGCUGACUUUGAGAUGUUCGGAUAUUCCUAUGAAGAAGAAGUAUUAAAGUUAUCGCAGCCUUAGUUGUUUACAGAGAGCUCGCUAUAUCUUGAUAAUAUACAACACAUUGUCAAAGAUUAUUGUCAAAACAUAUUUUUCGCUUUAGCUCUCUGAAAUCAUUACUUAUUUGUAUUUUAGGAUGUUUUAUUAGAUAACUCGUAUUACAUGUAUAACUCGUUGUUUUAUGGGGCAUAUUUUUGGCCAAUAAAUAUUUCACUGCUUAGUAGUUAUAUAGAAAAUAUGGAAAUACCCCCUUAAAUUUGAUUACUGUUCAAUUUACAUUUGUGACAAAGUAAUAAGGGAUAAAGAUUUACAUUAUGUACGUUGAGAGCAAAUGUGUGUUGUUGUUGGCAUCCGUCUGCAUCCGUCUUUUUGAUCAAAACUUCUUGUUGCCAUGGUAACGGGCAAAUUAAGUUUAAUGGCCAUUUUGCCAAAGUUUUGGAUCUAAAAACAGGGAAAUCAGUCUAUUUCACGGCAUUGUCUUCCCAACACCUUUAAACCUAUCGUUAAAACAAAACCAGAUCUAAAUAGACCAACAUUUUGUCUUUGUUGAAAUUUUCAACAUUUUUGCUCUUGGGCAGCCUAAAAACAAUGCGAUGUUUCAAGCUUAAAAAAAUUGAAUUUUUUGGGCAAAUUUUGAAACGCUUUAAGUGCCACUCUGCUAAUUUUUUUUAGCUUGAAAUUUGUACCGCAUAUAGAUAAUUUGAUUAUCUAUUAAUUGCAUUGUUGCGAAAUUUGUGGUCUUGUGUAGUUGUCAUGUGGUUGUCCCUGAAAUUAAUUCAGUUUUGUUGUUUUUGCGAAAAUUGUGAACUUUAGCCAUGUUCAAAGUACUCUACGCGACGAAGUAAAAUAGGAUUCUGCUUCAACUUCUAGUCAAAGUUAGAUCCUUCAGACAUUUGCUCUUAAGAAUUAAUAAACAUUUUUAUUAGGAAAACAUUAUUUCAUUUGCAGCACACUGCCGCAAAACGUAUUUUAUCCAGAAAAGAAUUGCAAUUAUGAUGUUGGAAUGUAGGAAUGAAUAAGGCAUUGAUUUGUGAAAAUUAAUUUUAUCAUCAUUUUGGUAGUCAUUGCCGACAAAAGACUUGGGAGACCAACAAUGUAUUUUUUAUAGCUAACGUUUUGUUUAUUACCUAGUACAAUGUAUUUUUUUUGUAAUUUUGAUAACGUUAUGACGUAAUAUGAACAAGUAAUUAUAUAUAUUACGUCAUGAUGUCAUAUUUGGGCUAAAGCCGUCUAGAUAAGGAAUUUUCGCUAUACAUGUAUACAAAGUCUUCUGGCUAAGCAUGCACAACUAGAAAUCCUUGCUGCUGAGAGAAAAGUCGACAUAACAGGGUUAACCGAAACUCAGCUGUGUGACGACUUUCCAGACGAUACUAUAAAAAUACCCGGAUAUGUGCUCCUCAGAAGGGAUAGGGGUUCUAGGCAUGCUAGCGAUAUGACCUUUAAUAUCAUGGACUCCAUCGCAUUCAAGGAAAGGAGCAACAACAACAAAAUUGGAAUGUUAACUUUGGUUAAUUAUUUUUUCUGAUGUAUCUGCUUUAAUUUUAAUGUAUCAUA